UCACGCCUUUCUUAACGAUGAGCAUACCGACAGAACCUGUCUUCGGCAUUCAGGCAAAAGCUUUCACUCUCAACAUAUCAGGGAUAGGCAUAUCAUGUGACAGACACUCAAAUGCCCGGAUGCUUCAGGUAUCCUACAGAGCCAUCAAAGAACCGACCCAGUUCUGUACUCUGACAGACAACAAGGCCGUACCUGACGCCUUUUCACGUUGUGUGUUUCGUUGUGACUGCCCAGACCCCGCCCACUGUAGUGACGUCAAUCUGUAUUUAGCCAGUGGUAAUGCUAAGGGAGCGUGGUCUCUCUGUGAAAUGAAAGCUACUACAGUGUAACUCCAUAGUUUGGAAAAAAUUGAAUGGGGAUUAGGAUUUUUAUGAGAGAGUUAGAAAAACG